AUGCGGCUCGCCGGAGUCAGCAAUGAGCUGAUCCUUGCAGUACCGGACAAGGAAGACCCCGGACAGCUUCGUCUCAGAAUGAAGACAUUGGUUGGCGUGCUGCUGCUGGCCGUUGUACUUGCUGCGUCUACUGUGGAUGCGGGUCACCACUACGGAGGCUACGGUGGUGGUGGCGGUGGUGGCGGCGGCGGUGGAUACGGUGGCCACGGAGGAUACGGCAAGGUCAUCGUGAUUCAUGGACACGGUGGAGGUUAUGGCGGUGGCGGAGGGGGAGGAGGAGGCGGUGGCGGCUAUGGCGGCCACGGCUGGUAG